UUUGUUCUUCAUCACGUCACAUAUUCUGACCCCACCCCCCUUCCUGGACGCCGCUCCUGCUACACUACCGCAAUCUACCUGCAUCAGAGAAUACACCAAAAAGGUCCCAACGCCAAGAACAUUGCAGAACCGUUCUAAAGGACGAAAACGCCCAUUUAAACAGCCUUCAACACCUACCUAUCCCAGCACACCUCUAACCCCAGUUUGACCAUCCGUCCAAGAUGAUGUGCAUAAAGCAUAUGCUCCUCUACGUCCUCGUCUUUCCCCUAGCCUCUUCGCCGUCAUUGAUACUUGCUCUCUUGGCGCUGGGGUCGUUUUUGAAGAUCCGGCCUUGUGGAUAUUGCAUGACUUUGGCAACGAUCCUAUUCUUCUCCACUUCCCCUUCCUCCCCCUUCCUCGCCCGCCCCUCGCCCUCCCUCCUCACAUCCCCAUCCUCAAGCCCAGUAUACCUAACCAACACCACCCUCCCCCUCUCCCUUCCCCUCCCCUCCCGCUCGUGGCUCGCACCCCCCACAAACGUAUGGGACCCCCUCCUCAUCGGGUAUUCCGCCCUCUCCGCCGCCUUGGCGCAGGAACGCAAGUAUCUUGCUGAGCAUGCUGAUGAGGUUUUCAAGACGGGGAGAGAGGUGAGGUUGGGCGGGAUGUGGGAGGAGGGGGUGGAGAGUUUGAAGCGGUGGAGAAAUGUAGAGUGGGCGUUUAGGAGGGGGGAGGGGUAUGAAGGGUUGGGAGAGUGGAGGGAGAGUGCGUCUGACUGGAGGGCGCCGUUCGAGUGGGUCGAUUUCCGAUCCAAGACGGUGGAGAAGCGCAAAAGUCUACCGUCGACGCCGGCCGCGCCUUUGCCGAAGGGUUACAUUGACUUGCGGUAUAAAGGCCUGGGAUGGGUGGUUGAUAUGAAUUGGAGGAGGAGCGAGGAGGGGUUGAAGUGGGAGGUUGAGCAGGUGCUGGGGAGGGAGUGGGAUAGGGAGGAGUUGGAGGAGAUGAAAGUGGAGGAAGGGGUUGAAGAGGUUGAGGUGGUAGAGGAGCGCGAGGCGAAGGUGGAAGAGGUGCAAGAGGAGAAGAAGGGGUGGAGGAGUAUACCGUUUGUGGGCAGCUGGUAGACUCAUGCAUCCCUGGUCCCCUGUAGAAAAUACGGGCCAGAUGAAC